AUGUCGGAACACAAUGAUUUGCCUUUGCCAAAAAGGUCGAUCAGGAUCAGGACAACUAUUGAGUUGCCAUUGUUUAUGAACAUGCUGGCAACAUUUUUAACAGGUUUGUCAAUGACUGGUAUCCUCAUGGUGGUCUUCGGUAUGAUGGACAAUCUUGGCCCUUGGUGGUUUUUGCCAACGGCCAUACCAUUUUCCUUGACUGGCGGGUUCGUGGUGUUAUACACUGGCGCAUAUUGUUAUGUGAACGACACAAGCUCAUCAAGUACUACAGCCAUAAGAAUGAUGAUUUUGGAUGGUACAAUGGCUAUAGGAACUUUCUUUGGGUCCUUGUGCAGUUCAUAUCUCAUAGCAACAAUUGGCAAUGUGUAUGUACUUCUUAUAUCUGCUACCAUUAACGUGAUGGCGUACGCCUUUACAAAUAUAUGGAUUGUGGAAUCUUUGACUGGGGCAAUACAGAAUGGUGCGUCAAAGAUUUUCGACUUACAAUAUAUGAAAGAGAUGUUCACUGAGUGUUUUAAAGAGCGCCCAAACUUUGGACGAACUCAAAUAAUACUCAUAGCAACUGUAAGACUAUUGAUAAUGAUAGUAACUAUUGGAACUAUGAAUCUGGAAUAUUUCUAUUCGAGAAAAAAGCUGCAUUGGACCCUAAGGGAUUAUACAACGUUUUCAGCGUUUGGUACAGUCAUAGCAUUCGUUGGGGGAUUUUUUGGAAUAAUGAUCUGUCAGAGAUUAUGCCGAUUGGGAGACAUACCAUUUUCUAUAAUCGCCAUAUUAUCAGCGAUUAUAGAUAAUAUAAUCAAGUUAUUUGCUGUUCAGUCCUGGCAGAUGUACUUAAGUACAAUCGGGUCACCGCUUAAGGGUCUCACAGGGCCUUUAAUAAGGUCUUAUGUAACAAAGUUUUUACCUACCGAAGAUAUAGCGAAGGUGUUCGCUCUUCUUUGUGCCGUUGAGAGUUUAGCGCCGAUAAUUGGACCAGUUAUUUUUAAUUCUCUAUACUCCUCUACAUUAUCUGUAUUUCCCGGCGCCAUCUACGUUUUAAGCACAGCUAUGAAUACAGUCUCCGUAAUUAUGUUAAUUUUAGUGCAGUACUACUCGUGGAAUAGAUUAUCUGGCUAUGAAAGCAUAAACGAUUAA